AUGGUGGCCGAAAAUAUUACAUGGGAGUCCAUUAAUGGAAAGGAGCAUCCUACAUUGUCGCCAGCAUUUGUUAGCAACGGUCACGUCUUUACAUCUGGAAUUAUUGGAUCCGACUACGAGAGCGGAAAGACUCCCGAGAAAGUGGAAGAUCAGGUCUAUCUGGCUAUUCAAAAUUUGGAAUAAAUUCUUCAAGUAGCGGGUUCUUCUCUCGAUAAGGUUUUCAAAGUCACAAUGUUCAUUUCCCAUGCGGAGAAUUCCAAAACUGUGAACGAAAUUUACGGUCAGUUCUUUCCACAGAAGCCCGCACGAAGUUGUGUUGUAGUGGCUUUCACGGAUGCUGCUAUUAAGUACGAAUUGGAAGCUGUCGCAUCUCUUGAGUAG